AUGUUUAUCGCGACACAGACACAACAACAGAAUACCAUGUCACCACCUCAACAACAAUCUCAGCUGAAUAAUAGCGGUGACAAUCAAAUCAUGAUCCAAACGCAGGAGCAUGAUCAACUUCAAUAUCAUCAACAUCAUCAGCAUCAGCAUCAACAUCAUCAGCUUCUCGAUCAACAGCCAUCGUCAAGCCCAGCCGAUCACAUGCCACCUGCUUUGGAUGUCAACAACACGUCCUCCACAUCACAUAUUAUGAUGGACCACAUCAAUGUGGUGCCGGCGCCAUCCAACACUACCUCGGCCACAUUCUCAUCGUGUCCAGCCAAUGGCGGUAGUGCCAGCGGUGUCACCGGUGACCAACAGACACCGGCAAAGAAGCGCACCAAGAAGGCCUGUUUGAAUUGCAGGACUUCAAAGGUGGCCUGUGAUCACAGCAGACCAUGUCUGAGAUGUGUCAGACAUGGCAUUGAGGCAGGAUGCCUUGAUGUGCCAAGAAAGCCAAAGAUCUACCCCAAGCGUGCCAGGUCCGAUGGCAAGUCCAGUGAUGUGUCGUCGGGCUCGUCAUCAUCAGCGUCCACCCUGAUGCAGAGCAUUGAUGGAGCAGCCCCCGUCUCGGCGACCUCGUCGUCAGCUGCUCCCAAGCGUGCCAACAAGAAGGCCAAGCACUCGUCCUCAUCGCCCGACCUCCUCUCGGCCACCAUUCCCACCACAACUUCCACUACAUCCUCCUCGUCCACCAACACACCACCAAUCAUCCCAUCAUCAUCAUAUCAGUUUGGUAGUAUGCCAGACAUCAGCAGUCUGGUCAACAGUGGCGCCAUCAAGUUCCAUCAGCAACUCAUUCAACAACAACAACAACCAAUCCAACAACAACAUCAUCAACAACAACAACAGCAGCUCGACCAUCAGCAACUGCUGUAUCAACAGUACAUGGCCAAUGCUGGUGUGGUCUCGCAGCCCUCCUCACCCAACCUCCUGACGCAACUCAACACCAGCCAGGUGUUUGGCUCACACGCACCCAACACCAACGAUGGCACCAACACCGACGCAUCCUACUCAUACAUCAACGCUAACAACAACAACAACACCACAAACCAACCAUUCAUCCAGUAUGCCCAACAUGACAACCAAACGGCCCUCCAGUAUGGCACCGCCACCUCCACCGUGCCCCACUACAUGCAUAACAACCAGUCGGUUGCCAACCCAGCAUUAUCUCCAACAAGCAUGCCAUCGUCGCCAGUGUCCUCGCUCUCGACACCCUCGCCAUCCCUGUCCGCCUACUCUGGUGAAUCCCCGGGCAGUCCUACACAUGGUGGUGCUGGCCACUUUGAACUUGGCCUUGCCAACAACAAUGGCCACAACAAUGGCAAUGUCAUUGACUACAACAACCUCCAACUCAACAACAUUUCACAGUGUCAUCAACCAUCCUAUGACAUAGCCGGCAGCAACAACCACAACAAUCACAAUAACAACAAUGAGGACAACAACGCCAACACCUCACCCAACUCACCAAACUCCUACGUCCAUCAGUCGUCCGACAUGAUCGUCACUCACUCGGGACCAACAUCCAACUACCACGCCGACCCCUAUAGCUACCAGCAGCAGUGUGCCACCCCCGCCGACCAACAGCAACAACAACAGAUCGUGUCCUACUCUCCACAGCAACAACAGUUGCAGCUCGCCAAUGCCCCAUCAUCCUCGGGCCUCAACGCAACCGACAUGCUACAAUCGUUGUUUGGCAACAGCAUCCUGUCCACGAUCAACAAUAGUGCGGCCAAUGUAUAUACUGUCCUCCCGGACAUCCUGGUGUCCGAGUUCAAGAAGAUCCACCAGUCGCUCGAGAACAUCACCACGUUCCUCCAGUUCCCCUCGGUGCAGCGGCCCGUCUGUCUCCCCACGCCCAAGACGGCCCUGAUCCCCGGCAACCUCUGGCUCCCGUGUACAGAGUCGGUAACCAAGAACCGACCAUUCGCCAGCUGGGGAUUCCCAAACCGCAACCUGAUAGACACCAACAAUGUAUUCGCCAAGAUCUUGGGCUUUGACUCGGAGGAUGACCUGCGGGCAACGUCGACCUCGCCCAUAUGGGACGACUUUGUCCAUCCGCAGAUCAUCCCCUUCACCAACCGCUACGCCAUGGAGGCCGUGAUCAAGGGCAUCAAGAAGUUCCAGCGUCCGUGCGUUUUCAAGAAGAAGCACGGCGGCUACGUCUCUGCCACGGUCCUCGUUGACUUUGACCAAAGCUACACGUCCUUCCAAACGAUCAUCCUACAAAAGCAUGUCGAGCUCAUUGAAGACCUGUCCUCCGAGUACAUCGCCCGUGAAUACCGAAGCAAGAAUGCAUGUUUGGAACUGGAUGACAUUUAA